UCGCUGCGUGGCUCGUGUCUCAUGUCCGUGUUUACAAGCGAAGCGUGACGUGGGAGCGGGGGGACUCGCAUGAAUACGUGCCCAGGCGCCGUCCGUUUCCGCUGCAACAUGUCCAAGAUGCUGUCCCUGAGAGCGUUCCUCAGCGAGAGGCUGGCGGCGGCAGCGGAGGAGAUCCUCGGAGCGGUGGAGAAGACGCUGUACGAGUACAAAGAGGAGAUUUCCCGUUCCAAAGAUUUGGAGAUCAGCCGCCUUAGGAUGCAGCUGAAGCUGCUCAAGUCAGACCCCCGGGCAGAUAGAUGUCUAGGAGCUCCGCUGCAGCAGCUCACCCAUCACCAUCCUCCUCCUCCUCCUCCUCCUCUUCAGCAGCACCAUCACCACCAUCAGUCCGUCCCUGCGGUGGAGGCGCCUGAGUCCCAGCACUGUGAGGAGGACGAGGGCAGCAGCAUGGACCAGGAGCACCCGGAGCCGUCUGAGGUCAAGAAGGAGCAGCAGAAGAGCCACAGAGACUUCUGGAUAAGUCACGACGACGAGCAGCUCGAAAGCCUCGAGUCGGACAUCAAGGACUUCAUCUCUUCUCCCUCCAGUCUGAAAGCCAGCGUGCAGGACCCCACCUUGCCCUUCCACCCCUAUCACAACAACAUCAUCAUCAACAACAGCGGCGAGGAGGGCAAAGAAAAACCCUACAGCUGCUCUGUGUGCGAGAAGCGCUUCAGCAACUGCUCCCACCUCGCUGCUCACAUCAGGACGCACACGGGCGAGAGGCCGUACAGGUGUGAAAUAUGCAGAAAGACCUUCAUCACGACGAGCGCUCUGAACCGACACCAGACCAUCCACACGGAGGGGAAACACUUUGUGUGUAACUACUGUGGCAAGUCCUUCAAAUGGAUGGAGUCUCUUGGCAGACACGUGAGAAGUGUUCACAAGAGGGAGAACGUGCCCGUAUGACACGCAUGCGGCUGCACAUUCACACUGUGCACGUGUCCAAUAGAUCAGAUGCGUUGUUAUUAUGUAUUCAUUAUCGUUCAUUUUAAUGAUCAAAUCACCCAACAGGUGCAAACAAAGAAUGUAAUAUCUGUUUAUCUGUGUGAAGUUGUGAAUUGUGUUGGUGAAUCUGUGCAUGGACCUUAUGAAGCCGUGUCUACAUAAACCCUAGAUAGUAAAUUAUGUGUAAAUAAAUUGUAGUUUUUUUAAAUCAAAUAUUGGUCAAUUUAUUCUUUCAGAAUAAAGUAUCAAUACACUAAACAUUUUGAUACUGUUUGAUUAUAUUCUGCUCUCUACCGCAGGAAUAUUAGCAAGGGGAAGUUGCACCAGUUCACCAGUAGGUGGCAGUCACAGGAUUUCAUUCAUAAUUUCUCAUCACUCUCCAGUAUUUGGCAGUAUUCAGGUCCUGCUGUCUCAUGUUCUGAGUGUGUACUUCACGACUGCGAGCUGAAGUUUUUUUUCAUCCAGUAGCCUUCUUACAAUCAAAAUAUUAUAAUCAAUAUGAACGUUGUUCACCUCAUGAAGUGUAUUUCCAUUGCCUGAAUAAGAACUGUAUAACUACCAGGUUAAAUGGAAACCAUUUCCAUGCCAAGGGAGAUAUCCAGGAUACUACCACA